AUGGAAAGCAACUUAACCAAACGUCGUCCGUCGAUUGUACCGGGUUAUCUUCCGGAUCUAUCGAACAUUCGAGCACCCUCGGUCGAAACUGUGAAAGAAGAGGAGGAUCGCUCAAGUAAAUAUUCUUCGUCAACUUCCAUUGAAUCUCUACCAUCGAUAACCAAUUACGAAACAAAACCAUAUCUGACAAUCAGAAAACUUCAAUAUGAAAAUCCUGCGAUUGGUCAAACAACGCAUACAUCUAUGGCACACACGCAUGGCAUAUGUGUUCUGAACACUGAAGCUGAAGAAAUUAUUGCCUGUGAUCACUAUAACAAUCGAUUGUUGAUGUUCAAUUCGAAUGAUAAUGGAAAUUUGUUACAAAUAUUUCGUGGCGAUCUCGCUACACCGGAGUGUGUGACACCACGACCAAACUAUCGACAGCAAAUAUAUGUGACCAAAGCACAUUCAAUUUCUCUAUACGAUUUAGAAAAGAAAACGUUUAUACAAAAGUUAGGCAUAGAAGAAAGUGGUCAUGCGAAUAACCGAUUUAAUUCUCCAACUGGAAUUGUUGUCGAUCCCGAUAAUGGCGAGAUUUACAUGUGUGAUACGUGGAAUCAUCGAAUCUGUGUGUUUUCACCUGAUUUUCGUUAUGUUAAUCGUCGAUGGUAUCUAACUCGUUGGGAACAAACUCAACACAAAGUCAAACCGAACUUUAUCGCAAUUAAUGGAAAGAACCAAUGCGUCGUGACAUGUGAUGACGCUCCUAAUUACCGUGGUGCUGUCUACGUCUUUGAUAAGAUGGGCUACAUUCAAAAGAUCUAUGAUCACGAGUCGCGUAAAUAUCCAAAUAGCGAAGCUAAACUUCAUGUUCCACAUGGGAUUUUACUCGACGAUCAAGGAAAUUGGCUGACAGUCUGUUACUCCGAUCCGGAAUCGCGUUUGGUUGAAAGACGAGAAAAGUCGCAUGGAAAUGGUGAACACGAGUUGAUCACUUAUUGGUGCUGUAAAGAAUUGAAAGGGCCUAGUGCACUGGCAAUGAAACGUGACCAUACUUUAAUUAUCGGUGAUCGGGAUGAGAAUUCAAUCUAUCUCUUUAAACAAAAUGUCGCGGAACGCGGGAACCAUCACUUACAUAUUUAA